AUGCGUUUGGAGAUAGGAGUGACCCAAUUCUUCAUCCCAUCUAUAAUAACGCUUUUCUGCUACAUCAACUUCAUAAGGAUACUGAUGUCUCUGCCCAACAUCCAAAAAAAGAAAAAACAGAGAGCCAUCGGCUUGGCCAUCGCCACUCUCGCCAACUUCUGCAUUUGCUUUGCUCCUUACAAUAUCUCCCACAUUGUUGGCUUUGUGCAGAACGAAAACCCAAAAUGGAGGGUGGACGCCUUGCUUCUGAGUACAUUCAAUGCCACCUUGGACCCAGUUGUGUUCUAUUUCACCUCUAAGACAGUUCAGAAAACAUUUGUUGACUUUUUGGCAGCCAUUUUCCUGAAAUUAGGGAAAAAUAUGCUCAUGUAA